GUGUGUACACCUGCGUGGGCGCAUGCACAAGCUGCACAACUUCCUAGCUCUACUUGUUCAGACACUCUGCGAGGACGAAAGCAGCUGUCAACCCCUUUGGCUUGACGAGGCAGACACAAUCUGAGCAGGAGAAGCAGCAUGAAAAAGCUCGGGCCUCAGUUCUGAACAAGUUCCCUGCAUCUGCAAUCUGCUCUUGAACGCUACGCAUGGAAACGGGUGAAAGUCGGCCCAACUGAGACGAGCCGAGGCUGGAAGUGGAGAGCUGGUGGAGGGUGGACCACAGAGGAAUAAGAGGUCUUCACAGGUCUGAGCGCUGAGCAUCUAUUUGUGCAAUCAUGAAUCCAAUGUGGAAGGUUUACAAAAGCAAAGUGAUGAAGACUCUCAACCCUGAGUAUGAGGAGGACACUGCUGAAGAGGUCACAGAGGUGGAGAAUGACAUGAGUCCAGUUCAGGAGGAUGAGGGGCCCACUGCUGUCUCCCAACUGGCAAGAAAAAUGCAGGGGGCCGGGACUAAAAGCUGGAACAGACUAUCAGCUCUCUUCAACAAAGACGAUGAGCAUCAGCUUCUAGAGGAGACUGAGAGCCCUCCGGUCGCUGACCAUCCACUUGCAGUGAAGCCGGAGGAGCCUCCUCCUCGACCCACCAGGCGCUCAGGAUUCUGGGAUAGCUUCGCCACCAACUGGGCUGCCAAGAAGCAGGCGGAAGCUGCUGCAGCUGCCGCCGCUGCCACAAACGAGGCAGCAGAGCAGAGCGAGGUAGAGGUGACGGAGGCUGGAGGGGAGGAGAACCAGGAUGGGCAGGUCACUGAGGGAGAGGUGAGUGAAGAAGGAGGAGGAGGAGGAGGAAGGAGCAACAACAGCUUCUCUAAAUACGUCUCGCUGGGAGGAGGCAGCGAGGACGCAUCCUUCAAGUGGAACUUUGUUACCAGCAAGCUGGCAGAGCUGAAGACCAAGAGUGCGACCAAGACCAACUAGCUGCCUGGGAAGAAGAAACCAAGAGGAUAUCAACAUGAUGAAAGAAGGGGUUACAGGUGUAGCAGGAUGGAGGAAGUUUACACAGGAUGUACUGUAACUGAACUAACCAGCUAUUGUAGAAGUCCCUUUUUUAUCAGAUACUGAACUACUGGCUCCAGAAAUGUCUGAAUUUUUCAGAGUUUUCUUCCCUUUGACUCUUAAGUUCCAUUGCUGUAUUUGUGUUCAGUUUUUAAGAAUAAAAAGGAGUUAUAACAUGGAUGAUAGCAAGUUUAAGAAUGAACCCUCCCAUGACCCUGUCCUGGGUCAAACCUAGAGAUACAAUGUUAGAUCCUGGACCAAAGAUUGAGAAACUGUAGACUAUCAUAGGAUAACGUUAUUUUUUAUACCGACAAAUCAAAAUAAAGAUGGUUUUUUACCUUAGCUGACAUGUUUCAACUGCAACUGCAGUCU